AUGUAUUCAGGAACUUAUCACGGGAUAUGUUCGUACUAUCUCCUACAAAAUCUGAAAUCAUGUUACGAAAGAUCAGGUCAAAAUAUAACACAAGCAUUAAAUGUAACUGUUCGUGCUUACACAUUGUCGGAAUACGAAUAUAACAUGCAACAACUUGACUCAAUUAAUGGGAAGAUAAUGGGUUACUUGGACGAUGUUGGACCUGAGAGAUGGUCACGUUUUCACAUACCUUCGAAUCGAUAUUCCAUUAUGACAUCGAACAUCGUGAAACAUAGGGAGAACGCGCAAGGCACUUUUAUGACCUUGUCAAGCAAGUAUGAGAAGCAGAUUAGGGAAAUGAGUACUGAUAUGAUAAACUUGAGGGUUUCUCUCGUUAAUCAGGCAAUGUUCUUAAUUAGCGAUGAAAGUUCAUCUUUUAUUGUUCAUAUAGAAAAUCGGACAUGCAAAUAUAGAAUGCUUCAAGUUGAUCAACUGCCUUGUCCACAGGCUUUGACUAUGUUUGCAAGUAUGAAGAUGGAUCCAUAUGAAUACUGUUCUUACUACUACACAAGUGAAGUAUAA